ACCCUCUUCCGCUCGAUCUCUGCUCUCUCUCGGUCCUCAUCACAAUCGCUUUGUCGCCUCGCCUCCGACCCUUCCUCCUUCACAGCUACAGCCUUGCUGUCAACCUUCCAUCGCGGCAUCAUAGUUGCCUGCUCUCUGGGUCGCUCGGUCUCUACUCUUCCUUUGACCCUCCCUUGCCAUUGCAAGCUUGCCGUCGCUCACGGCCUUGCCUUUGCUCCCUUGCCCUCGCCUCCACCCUCCAUCGUCUUCCGGCCACACGUGUCGGAACGUGUCGAGAAGAAUUGAUCAAGUGUUGACCGCAUGUCCGAGCACGUCGGAGAGGGUAUCGACGCUCACACGGAAGCUGCUGCAACAUAUCCGUGCUUCAUCUGAUGGUGAGCGGUCAACUAAAGGAAUAUUAACGUGCAGAAAAUCAAACUUUCCUGAAACUCGAUUUUUUAUAAUUCCAGCAUCUUAUUGCUGUCUUGGUUGAGGCGACCAAGAGCUGUCUUUUUUUUUCUUUUUUUUUGACCAGUUUCUACUAGGAACACGCUGCUUACAAGUUUUCAGCUGCCCAAUAUUUUGAUUAAUUUUAGUUAAGGCAUUAACUAAGGUUAGAUUACCAAGCAAUUUCAUACUUAGAUUGACUGCUCUUCGACGCCCCUCUUCAUCCCCUUUUGCACUCAAAUCUCUUUGCCUCAUUCGCCUUUCGUUGUUCUUGCUCUGUUUCGCUCUUUCUUCUCCUUGGCCCCAUCAUUCUUCCUCCUCUUCUUCUUCUUCUUCACUGUCUGUCUGCUGCUCUUUUCAUCAUUCUCUCUCUCCUGUCUCCCCGUUUUAUCGCUCUUUCUUUCUUAAGAAAAACAAAAAACAAAAAACAAAAAACAAAAAAAAAAAAAAAGAAAAGAAAAGGAAAAAUGUCAAACGAUUCCGUUGUUUCUAUUGCGUGGGAUGUCUUGAAGUGGGCAGUUGUUCCCAUCAAGCGUCAAUUCGGAUACGUGAUCUCCUCCAAGAGCUACGCCCGGGAUCUUCAGAAGGAAGUUGGGAAGCUGGCGUAUGAGGCCGAGAGGAUCCAAAAUGCAGUGGAAGAGGCCAGAAAAAAUCUCCGGAACGUCUACAGUCCCAUCACAGAGUGGCAGGCAAGUGCUGAGAAGGCCUUGAAUGAGGCGCGAAACUUGUCGGACGACUUCGAAAAGGCGAGUAAGAAUUGCUGCUACGGGUGUCUUCCCGAUCCCAAUUGUCGCUACCAGUUCAGCACGAAGGCCAAGGACAAGAUCGAGGACAUCAAGCAACUCACUCAAGAUUGCAGUCAAUUCAAGGACAUCUCCUUCAACGGUCCUGCUCCAGGGAACGUUGCUGCUUUGACUCCGGCCAGGAGAGAGGACAAAGAUUUCGUCCAGUUGGCCACCGCGACAAACUUUGCUUCUUCAGCCUCGACGUCGAUUAAGCUCAAGGACGAUGGCAUCAUCAAAUCUAGAGAAUCGAUCAUGCAGGAGAUCAUGGCCACUCUUGCUGAUAACAACAAUAGAGUUGUGGGGAUUUAUGGAAUGGGCGGGCUCGGCAAGUCCACCCUAUUGGUGGAAGCCGAAAGGAGAAUAAAGAAAGAGAAGUUGUUUGAUUGGGUCGGUAAGGCCGACGUGUCGGAAAAUCAAGACAUCAAGAGGAUUCAAGGAGAGAUUGCGCACUCGUUGGGCCUGGACAUAAAGGAUGUGGAGUAUGUCAAUUCACGAGCUGAGCGUCUAAGCACAAGGUUGGAAAAAGAGGAGAGGGAGAAAAAGAAGGUCCUCAUAAUACUGGACAACCUAUGGAAGGGGCUUGACUUGAAAUUAGUGGGCAUUCCUUGCGGACAUGACAACAAAGUCAUAGGAUGCAAGUUGUUGCUGACUUCAAGAUUUCAAGAUGUUUUGCGAAGGGAAAUGGGCUGCGACAAGGACUUCCGCCUCGAAGAGCUAAAGGAUGAAGAGGCAAGAAGAUUGUUUGAGAGGAUGGUGGGAGAGAAGAAGGUUCAUGAUGACCCGUUCAAAUCGCUAGUGGAUGAAGCACUCCGCAAAUGUGCAGGUUUGCCUUUCCUAAUUAUUGCAAUGGGGAAUAUUUUCAAAGAUGCUGAUUUUUAUGAAUGGAAGGAUGUUUUGAGACAAAUUGAGAAGUCUACAGAUGAAGGAUUAAGUGAGAUUAUAAAUAAGAUGUUGCAGUUGAGUUAUGAUCGUUUCAAAGGGAAGGAUGGCAAGGAGGUGAAGUCAUUGUUACGACUCUGUGCUGUUUAUGGUGUCUCCAAGCCCUCUCUUGAAAACUUGGUGAGGUAUGGCGUGGGUUCAAGGUUAUUUCGAGAAGAUAGCAACAUGGAAGAAGUUAGAAAUAGGCUGCACUCAUUGAUCCGAACCUUGAAAGCCUCCUCUUUUUUGUUAGUAGACGAUGAAGAUGUUUCGACCAAAAAAAAAAAAAAAGACAAUGAAGAUGUUGAUGGUUUCAAGAUACAUGACUUGGUUCGUGGAUUUGUUGCCUCAGUCGCUUCAAGAGAUGAUCCUUUUCUCGUGUUGAAUGAUAAGUCAGUGAUAGAGUUGCCGAAGGACAAGCUCAAAAGUUAUACGGCGGCAUGCUUUCCCUUUGUUGACAUGAAGGAGCUUCCCAAAGAGUUAGAUUGCCCCGAAAUGCAGAUCCUUUUGCUAUUCACAAACAAUAAAUCUCUUAAGGUCCCAGAUACAUGUUUCAACUCUAUGAGAAAGCUCAUGGUCUUACAUCUUUCUCAGGUGCGUCUCACUUGUUCACCUUCUCCGUUUCAGUUGUUGGAGAACUUACGUACUUUGUGUCUUGAUGGUUGUUCAUUAGAGGAUGUAGCCAUGAUUGGCGAGCUAAAAGGGCUAUAUAUUCUUAGCUUUGUGAACUCCAAAAUUCAACGAUUGCCAAAAGAAAUUGGACAAUUGGUAGAGUUGAGGUUGUUAGACUUAAACCAUUGCUCACAACUUGAGAUAAUCGAACCGGGUGUGCUUGGAAGCUUGAUGAAAUUGGAGGAGUUGUAUAUGGAGAAUAGCUUUGAUCAAUGGAACCCCGUGGAGCAAACUCCAUCAACUAAUGCUAAGCUUAUCGAGUUGAAUAACAUGAAGAAUUUAUGCACUUUGCAUGUGUCCAUUCUUGAUCCAAGUGUACUCCCAGAAGAUCUAAAUGUCAAGAAGUUAACCAAGUACAAAAUCCAUAUAGGUGAUGUGACGCUUCAGCAAAGUCACAAAGGAUCAAGCACAUUGGAGCUUAAGUUGGAUCCAACAAGCGAUAUUCUUCGGAAAGGAUGUAUACAAACUUUAUUAGGCAAAACUGAUGAUCUAUUUUUAGAUGGAUCAAACGGAAUUGAGCAAAGUAUUUGCACAUUAUCCCAAGAGGGCUUUCCAAAAUUAAAGCAUCUACACGCGAAGAAUAGUCCCUCCAUCCAUUACGUCCUCGACUCGCCAUCCCAUACAGAUUUUAAGACUUUGGAGUCGUUAAUUCUCGAGAAUCUUAUCAACUUGGAGCAAAUAUGCAACAACCAUAUCUCCUUUAACUCCUUCAUUGCAUUAAAAGAAAUACGAGUCGAAAGUUGCGAUAAGAUGGAAAUUUUGUUUCCUCUUUCAUUAUUGAAAGAACUUCCACAGCUUGAAGAGAUCCGAGCUAUCAAGUGCCACUUAAUGCGGGAGAUUGUACAAGUUGAUGAUUGUGGCAAAGUUGAAUUGCCUAAUUUGCAUGCAUUAGAAUUGCGAAACUUGCCAAAUAUCAAGAACUUUUUCACCCAGGGGAUGGCUCCUUCAAGUAGUACGUCAAAAGAUGAAGUUGGCAAUCAAGUUACUUUCUUUAAUGGGCAACAGGUUUCAAUCCCAUUCUUGGAGUCCUUGACGAUGGCUGGACUUCCCAAUCUAGAAAAUUUAUGGACUGAUGAAUCUCCCUUGGGGCUCAGCAAUCUCCAACUUCUUAGGGUGUCUUCAUGCAAAUCUCUCUCAAAAGUUAUCAACUCUAGGUCACUGACAAAACUACACAAGUUACACACUUUAAAGGUAGAAGCUUGCAAUUCGGUGCAAGAAAUUUUUGACCUUGACGGACUAGGCGCCGAUGCAAAUAUUGAGACUCUCUCUGAGCUAAACACUAUAUAUAUAUAUGGUUUAGUAAGUUUGAGGUGCAUAUGGAACAAGAAUCCUUGUGGAAUCGUGAAAUUCCAUAAUUUAAAGAAGUUAUACGUGUAUACUUGUCACAACCUCCGGUUUCUAUUUUUCCCAUCCAUGGUUCAGUCUCUUGCACAAUUGAGAGAACUAUAUAUAUGGAAUUGCAAGAACAUGGAGGCGAUCAUUAUGGAGGAAGAAGGGUUGAGAGUAGAAACAUCAGAAACUCUAGUAUUCAUGAUGUUGACUGAUUUACAUUUAGCAGAUUUGGAAAGUUUGACAUGCUUCUCUCGCAAAAAGUGUACACCAAAAGCUCAGGAUGAGGAUCGCAUCAAGUCGUGCUAUACUGUCCUCUUCAAUCAAGAGGUUGCAUUUCCUAGCUUGGAGACAGUAUAUAUCAAUAGCAUGAAUAAUAUUGAGAUAAUAUGGGACAAUCAAGUUGCUACAGAUUCUUUCCACAAACUAAAAUCUCUUCAAGUGCGGAGAUGCCAUAAGCUAUUGAACAUUGUUCUUUCUUGCAUUCUUGGAUGGCUCAAGAGCCUUGAAAGUUUGGAGGUAAGAUAUUGUGGUUCACUUGAAGUUGUUUUCAAACUUCAGCCAGUGAAUCAUUUAGAUGGACAUCAUGUUGCUCACUUGCCGUUAAAAAAGCUGAAAUUAGAUGAAUUACCAAAGCUAAAGUGUGUAUGGGAUAAGGAACUCCAUAGUCAAGUCAAAUUCCAGUGUCUCCAUUUUGUUACUGUUUCUGGAUGCGAGAGCCUCGCCUCUUUAUUUCCAGCCUCAAUAGCAAUACAACUAACCCAACUUGAGAAAUUGGAGAUUUGUACAUGUGGCAUUGUGGAACUCAUCGAGGAGGAAGGACUAGUUCCCAAGGUUGUGUUCCCAAGGUUAACCUCACUUAAACUUGAGCAUCUAACAGAGUUGAAGUGCAUCCACACCAGAAUACAAGCUUUACAUUGGCCAGCAUUGAAGAUGUUGGAGGUCUAUGGUUGUAACAAAGUGGAGAUACUUGCUGCGCAACCUGAGAAUGAGAUGCCACUUCAUAAACAGCCUUUGUUCUUGAUAGAAAAGGGCGCAUUCCCAAAUUUGCAAGAGCUAAAAUUGGAUUUAUCUGAACGGAUGGAGGUAUGGCAUGUGCAUUUUCAUGUUGGAGAAGUCUUUUGCAAACUUAGAGUUCUCGAACUUCAUCAUUUCUCAAAGGAAUCUGCAGUAUCCACAUGCCUUUUUGUUUGGAGUUUAACUAGCUUAGAAAAGCUGGUUGUAUGCAAGUCUUAUCUAGAAGAUUUGAGCAUCAUUACAGAAGCCAUAGAAGGCCUAAGUCAUGAGCAAAAAGUAACAUUACCCUUUCCAAGAUUUUUUCAACACAUCAAGACUCUAGACGUGUCAUGUUGUGAUGGAUUAUCUAGUAUGUUUACACCGACAAUAUUUGGAAAUUUGGUGGAACUCACAAAAUUGAGGAUAAGUAAUUGUAAAAUGUUGACAGAAGUCAUUUAUGGCGAAGGAGGUGAGGAGGGGCUUGUGGCUUUCAAUCAAUUGAAGCAUAUGGAGCUUAAUGGGUUGAUAGAGUUGAGAUGUUUUAGCUCAAUUAAAUACACUUUGAAGUUCCCUCUCUUGGAAGAUGUCAUUGUGAAAGGAUGUCCCCACAUGAAAUUCUUCUCAGAGGGACCAAUAGAGGCACCAAAGCUAGAGGGAGUACAAGUAUCAACAGAAGCUUGGUUUUGGAAGGGAAACCUCAACAUUACCAUCCAAGAUAUGUUUGAAGAAAUGGCUACGAUUGCUGGGGUAAAGUCUUUGCGGCUGUCUGAGUUUCCUGAGUUGAUUGGAAAAUGGGACAGUGAACUUAAUCCCAUCAAGUUAUCUUGGCAAUUAAAUUCAUUGAUGGUGGAUAAAUGUCCAUCAUUUAUUAAUGUUAUUCCAUCUAGAUUGAUGUUUCUUUUGCACAAUUUGGAAGAUUUGCAGGUGUGUGAUUGCGAGUCGCUAGAAGAAAUAUUUGAUCUUAAAGGGCUUUUGGGUGUAGGAAGCACUCGGCUGUUGCCUAGUUUAUGGUCUCUGGACUUGGUCAAUCUACCAAAGUUGAGGCGACUAUGGCACAACAAUCUUCAGGGGACACUACGCUUCAAUGUUAUAUAUAGACUCACCCUUUAUAAUUGCAACAACUUGAAACAUGCUUUUACUUCAUUGAUGGCUCGAUGCCUUGCCAAUCUAUGUAAGAUAGAAAUAAAGGAGUGUGGUCAGAUGGAAGGAGUGAUUGUAGAGGAAGAAGGGCAAGGAAGCACAGUGGAGAAGAUUACAUUCCCGCGUCUUUGGUUUAUGAAGCUGGAAUGCUUGCCCAAUUUGACUAGUUUUCUCUCAGGAAGGAAACAUCCACUAGAAUGCCCCUCAUUACAAUCUCUUACCAUUGCCUAUUGCUCCAAGAUGAAAAGUUUGACUUGGCAAUCUUUGAUGGAGAUCGACCACUACACUCCUUCACUUUUUACUCCACAGGUACAAUUUCCUCAGCUUAAGUCAAUGGUUCUCUCCCACGUGGACAAUUUAAGCAAAAUAUGGGGAGACAAUUUUCAAGAAACUCUCACUUUUGAACAUUUACAAAAUGUGAAGGUUGAGAAUUGUAAGAGCCUUGAAAAUCUAUUUCCGCAUUGGGUGGCUACAAGUCUAACCCAACUUGAGGAACUUCGAGUGGAGUCAUGUGAGCUCGAGGAAAUAAUCACAAGUGGAGAUGACACUUCACACUCUACUACAGCUCAAUUUUUUUUCCCGCAACUAACUUCUCUAGUGUUCCAUGAUAUGUCACAACUCAAGAGCUUCAGCCCUGACUUGCUCCCUUUGAAUUGGCCAUUCUUGAAGGAAUUGCGAGUGACUCACUGUGACAAAUUGAACAUACUGUCUUUUGUGGCAUCCAUGAACAAGUGGGCUCAAAGAGACGAUCAACACGACCUUUUAGACCAUGAAGCAGGCUUCUUGCUUGAGAGGGGCAUUCCCACCUUGGAGAGACUUUUAUUAUUUGACAAGGAUAUUCAGAUGAUAUAGAAUGGAAAAUUUUCUGAUGACGUCUUUGGCAAGCCAAAAGCACUAACAUUGGCAUGCUUUCAUGAUGAAAAUGUUGUCUUUCCUCCCAUAUCCCUCUUGCAAAGAUUUCAGAACCUACAAAGCCUUGAGGUUUUCUGUAGUUCUUUCAAAGAUAUAUUCCCUGAUGAAGAGCUUGUUGACAAGGGAAAACAUAUGGUGCUUGAAAAUUUGAAAGAACUUAAGUUACGCAAGUUAUACAACUUAAAGCGUGUUUGGAGAGAAGGCUAUUUGGUGGCAAAAAUUCUUCAGAGUAUCAACAAAUUUGAGGUUUGGGAUUGUCCAGGUUUGACAACAUUAUUUCCAACCGUGACAUCCUUUCAGAAUUUGACAAAUUUAGUAGUGAAGAACUCCUCUGGAUUGAUACAUCUUGUGACAGUUUCAAAGAUAGUAAAUUUGGUGCAUCUCACCAACAUGACUAUAAAAGGAUGCGAAAGAAUGGAAGAAGUAGUGACGAACGAUGAAAAUGGAGAAGGAAAAGUGAUUUCUCUUGAAAAGCUAAGAAGGUUGACACUCCAACAUCUACCGAACCUAGUAUGCUUUUCCUCCACCACAAGUUGCAUCUUCAAAUUUCCAUCCUUAGAAAAUAUUGAAGUGGAAGACUGCUCGCAAAUGAAGAUUUUUUCCAAGGGCACGCUAAGCACACCAAACCUAUGUUUUGCCUCACUAUUCAAAUACAAGUGGCAGGGGAACUGGGAGGGUGAUCUCAAUUCAACCAUACAAAAGUUAUCGGCAUAAACAAAUGCCCAUAAAAUUGUCACUGAUUAAGGGAAGGGUAGAUACCGCAACUGGUAUGGAGAUCUAGAAGUUACUGAGACUCAAUCAAAGGUUGAGAUGAAGAAAAUUCCUUUCAAGACUGUCCCAGGCGGGAUUUUAAGGGAACACAUCAAUGGAAGUAUGCAAACCACAACUCUUAAAUGUACAGACUGAUCAUGGCCAGUGAAGCUCCUAUACUACCCACAACAUGGCUCGGGAAAUCUCUCAGCCGGUUGGGCCUCAUUUCACAGAGGAACUUCUUUGAAGGAAGGAGAUGUCUGUUUGUUUGAGCUUGUUAGAAUUGAUAAUAUUGAACUCAAAGUCUCCAAUUUCAGAAGGAAUGUCAAGAUUUAGGUGUAAACUUUGGUAUACCUACAGAAAAAUCUAUGCUUCGCUAUGUUUUGUUUAGUUAAUCAGAUCAAAGAAGGCAAACCUUUCUGUUGCAAAAUUGCAUUUCCUGAUGUUUUUUGGAGAGUAGUGAACAUCGCACCUGGACAUUGCAUUUUCCAAACU